AUGACACUUGUGGAUGAUGUUCUUUAUUGGAUCUCAGGCAUGAGAUAUGAAGUUAUAUUAGGAAAUUUGAUUUCUCCAAUGGACAAAGAAGUAUUAACAACUGUUUUCCAACUCCAGUUGGAGAAGGAAGCUCUUGUGAAAGGAGUUCCAAUAAGACAAGCUAUUGACAUAGAGAUUCCUCCUCCGCGCCCUAAAAGGAAACCAAGCAAUCCUUAUCCUCGAAAGACUGGUGUGGCAAUACCUAGUCUGCAGGUGGGAGCAAAGGAUGGGAAUAAUUCAUCAUCAGUUUCUUCUUCCUGCACUGCCACUGGUAAACAAAUACUGGACUUGGAAAGAGAACCACUACCUGAGAAACCUGAUGGAGAUGAAAAGCAAGAAAAUGUCAAAGAAAACCAGGAUGAGGGAAAUUUCUCUGAAGUUUUAACCCUUUUCCAAGAAGCUCCGUGUACGUCCUUGUCUUCAGUGGACAAAGAUUCCAUUCGAACACUGGCGGCACCCAGAAAUUCUUGCACUUUUAGGGAGUUUGUGCCUAUGAUGGUAAGUACCCAGGAUGAAACAAAUGAAUCUUAUGUCACUGUUGAACCCAGAGGAAUUCAGAAGUUGGUUAAAUUUGAUGCAAAACAAACGGUUCAGGAUAAUGGAACAAAUUACACCUCGAACUUGGAGAGUUCUAUCCCUUCACAUGAGAAAUUGGUUCAAGGAAAGAAAACAGAUGAAAUGUGCCACCCUGAAAAUUUUGGGGCAUUGCCGUCAAGUGAUAUGCAAGCCACACAUAACUACCCAAGACAUGUUCCUGUGCAUGUUCUAAAUGGGAGCCUAGGAAUGAACACUGAAAAUGUUUCUUCAGAUAUGUCUUGCCAAGAAUCCAUAUUUCACCAAAUAGGAGGAAUUCAUGGAUGCCCUAACCCAUUCUCGCUUUUUGACAAAUUGGGCAUACCUUUUGAGGGUGCGACUUUUUAA